AUGGUAACAAAACUAGGAAACAAAGAUCUCAAUAUGGUCUCAUCGGAGACAGAAUUGUGCGAGAUGCUACAAGCUCUCAACCGAGAGAGACCUAGUUUGAUAUCGGUUGAUGCGGAGGGGUGGGACUUGUGUAGAAACGGUACCUUGUCUCUUCUAGCUCUCUGCUGGAAUGAUUACGUGGUAUAUGUUGUAGAUGUGCAGGAGUUAGGACCAACCUGUCUCACGACCAUCUCUGGAGACCAAUCACGUGACCAAACACGUGAAUACAAGUGGACAUCAGUAAAGCAGCUGCUGGAGGACCAAACUACAUUAAAACUAUUCUGUGAUCCGCGUUCUGACAGCGAUGCACUCUAUCAUCACUACGGAAUCCAUCUCAAAAACGUUUUCUGUGUCCAACUAGCAGAAGUCGGCGUGAGGAGGCAAGCCAUACCAAGAUCUCGUUUUGUUUGUGGCGGUAAAAAAAUAACGCUAGAGUAUGGUGGUCUUGACGACCAAGAGAGGGCGGAAUUUGUCCAGAUCGACGAACGUGCCAACAAACUCUUCUUCCCCCAUAAAGGAGGAUCAUAUGACAAUUUAACAAGAAGACCACUGAGCGCUAUAGCGCUGAAGUACAGCGCAAUGGGGGUUGUGUAUCUUCUACGAAUUUACCAAAGACUUGAAGGACGACUGCAGCAAAGAGGCAAGGUCUGGGUCAAGAGAGAGUCUGAGAAGAGAGCAGAUGAGUGCCUCCUCCCUCCUUUUACCAAAGGUAGACACCGAGCAAUUGCUCCUGAUCACUGGAGCGAUACAACUUCUUAUCAGCAAUAUGUUGAUAUUGAUGACACGUAUGAUGACACGUAUGAUGACACGUAUGAUUUAAUAAAUGUUGGUAUUGAUGACACGUAUGAUGACACGUAUGAUGACACGUAUGAUUUAAUAAAUGUUGGUAUUGAUGACACGUAUGAUGACACGUAUGAUUUAAUGAAUAAUUUAUAUUGAUUAUUUCAUCAAAAUAGUGAGGAAUGUUUUAGAUUUUUUGUUAAAAAAGCGCACGCACAUUUUCUCGUAUUAUUAUGACAAAC